UUGUGUUUUUCUUUUCCUCCAGAAAAGUGAAGAGCGCUGGGGCAAAAAUUUGGAAAACGAAAAUUUAAUUUCACUUUCACUACGUUAAACAGCUAUUUCCGUUUUGUAGCGAAGCAAAUACCGCCCAUCGGGUGAAGUCGAACACUCAAAAUAAGAUCUAGCUGAGAGGUGCUGGUGCGCGAAGGAGUAAUGUCCAGACGGCCAAUAACUCUUCCAAUAAUUGCCAGCAGUUCGAUGUACUGCUACGCAUGUAAAUAGCAAAAGGGCAUAAAGAGGAAUUGUUAAAAUAAUAAGUACUCUGGGAGUGAUUAAGUACAUGAAUUGGGAAAUAACCAGUCAAAGUUGAGAAGCGAAUGUACAAAGUGUGCUUAUCUGUAGGUAGUGCAAUACACGGCAAAAUUAUCGAACUUAGGUAAGCAACGCUUGCCAGCGCGCAGCAUUGUGUUCCGACACACGCGACGUGAAGAGCUAGGUAUUGUUGCCAAGUGAGGAUGCAAAGUGCAGCUAGAAAAUAAUUAACCGUUUUCGUCUGGAUAGACGCACUGCAGUUACAUGCGAAAACUUUAGCCAACAAACAAAAGGUAUUCUACGCCACCACCACACAAAUCACCCAUCCACCUAACCAAUUCAUGCCAGCCGCUAUGGGAAAUUAUGAUAAUGAUGGCAAGAAGUCAACACCAUGCGCCAAUUGUAUGGCGGCGCUUAAGUGGAUACCAGUCAUAUUCAUCUCCGCCGUUAUUGCGUGGUCCUACUACGCUUAUGUAGUACAGCUUUGCUUAUUAUCCAUUGACAACACCUUUGAAAAGAUCGUUUUUCUCAUAUUCUAUCAUAUAAUAUGCAUGCUGUUUUUCUGGUCCUAUUGGAAUACCAUAUUUACACCAGUGGGUACAGUGCCAUCAAAUUGGCGCAUACCUGAAUCAGACAUUGAACACAUUUUCCAUGCAGACACACAGGAACAACAAAAGCGAAUUUUAGAAAACUUUGCCAAAACGCUGCCAGUCACAAAUCGUACUUUAAAUGGAUCGGUGCGUUUUUGUGAAAAAUGCAAAAUAAUCAAACCAGAUCGCGCACAUCACUGCAGUGUCUGUGGCUCCUGUGUACUCAAAAUGGAUCACCAUUGUCCCUGGGUAAACAAUUGUGUUAACUUUACAAAUUACAAGUUUUUUGUACUCUUCCUGGGAUAUGCGCUACUAUAUUGUCUUUAUGUGGCCUUAACAUCGCUCGAAUAUUUCAUACGCUUCUGGCGGUCGGAUCUCUCACAACAGGGUGAUUUAAAUGGUGGCAUGGGUCGUUUUCACAUAUUGUUCCUGUUCUUUGUGUCGCUGAUGUUUGCAAUAAGUUUGGUGAGCCUCUUCGGUUAUCACGUUUACUUGACGCUCAUGAACCGCACAACGUUGGAGGCUUUCCGCGCGCCAAUUUUCCGCAUAGGUGGUCCAGAUAAGAAUGGCUACAAUUUGGGAAAGUAUGCCAAUUUCCAAGAAGUGUUCGGCGAUAACUGGAAACUGUGGUUUUUGCCAGUCUACACGAGUGUCGGCGAUGGAUUGACGUACAACACGCAAAAGCAGCACCAGAUGCCAUCAUACGAUUCCAUGGGCGAUACCACACAACAAACCAGCCAUGGCCAACAUCAUCAACUGUUACGCCAGGACGAUACACUGCCGCUGAAUGUCGCAAUGCCUGCUAUGGGCUCAGUAUCUGCUGCUUCCACAGCAACAGUGAAAUCGGAUGGUGCUGAUCUGAAUGGAUUGGUGCCCAUAAUACCAGUUAAGCCAGUACCAGCGGACGCAACGGCGAUCAUUGAUGGGAUAGCAUCGACUGAUAUUGAAGAGGUUGUAGUUAUGCCAGCUAUAGACACUGCCAAUGGAAAUGUGGUUAUCAACAUGCGAGAGCUGGAGGAGAGCUAUGAUGGCACGCAGCAAGAGCAGCAGCAAGAAAAUGUCGAAGAUGUUUAAAAGCAAUGCAUUUAUUAAUAGCAACAAUGUAGUAUAAAGUUAUACUCAGUGCAGCGAAAAUAAUCAGUAGCAUAAGCAUAUUUAAAAAAAAAAAACCCCUUUAGAUAUUUCGAAGUACGCACAAACUUGUAUAUGCCAUGGAAUUGAAACACCUAGCAGUAUCGAUUUCACAUUAGAAUGCAAUACCGGUCUUAGGCCUUAUUCUUAAAGAGACACCUACAAUAUUUAGCGUAAAAAUCAAGGUUUUUACAUUAGAGCAGCAGAGCGCACAUUCGAUUUAGGACUUUAUCUUAAAAACUCUUAACCCAAGUUUCAAAUAAUCCCACUUAUCUUCAAUCAGCGGAUCUCUUCUAUCUUCAGUGAAUAUGAGUUUUAUACUUUUGCAUAACAUUUUUACUCUAAUUACCCUUAUAAAGGGAGUAGUUAAAGGAUUAAAAAUGUUAAAGAACAAAUUAGCCGCUAAAUUUUACUAUGAACUUUAACAACCAUAGGUGUCUGAAGACAAGAACUCGAUUUGUACAUUAUUUGUUAAUUUACAACGACAAAUUUUUAAUGGUGUUCGAUGUCUGCUGAACCAUUUCCUACAUAACGCUUUUGUAGAAAAUUUUAACCCUCUAACUGCCAUUUUCCAUGAACUUGCAUACAUGAAACUGCUUCAAAAUAGGAGUCACAAGAGUUAAAUCCGUGAUCAAAAAGGUGUUAACUUUAAACCACUGUAAAAAAAAUUUUAUGCGAUUGAGCGAAAUCCUUAUGAUGUUUGACUAGUAGCUACGCACCAGUACUAAUGUUUGAGUAUUCCUCGGUUGAGUUGCUAAAACAAUAACUCUUAAACUGGUCAACAGUGAAAUAAAAGACGCGCAAAUUUUUGUAGCUGAUGAUUUGAUGACAGAUUUAUUUAUUUUUUUAACUUUCUACAAACUUACUAUUUGAAUCUAAUAAAAAUUGCAUUUUAUUAAUAUUUAUUUUACUGUGUUGAAAAUAUGUAUUUUAGUAACCUAAGUAAAUAGGAAAACGAAAUAAUUUAACGAAACAAGAGAAAACUAGCAAAAUUUGUUAGAAUGUAUUUUACUAGAUUUUUUCUUGAAAAAACAUGCCUCAAAGUUAAAUACAAUUAGUGACGUAUGCACAUAACUAAUUUGUAUACAAUAAAAAUCAAUUAUUUAAUUAAUUUUUUUAAAUUUGUCGAUUCCUACUUGAAACAUAACCUAUAAAUAAGUGUAUACCUUAGCUGUUAGUGUAGUUUAAACCAUAUGUUUGCCAGUUAGUUAAAGCUUUUGAUACAGUUUAAUUGAGCAUACAUUUGUUUUACUUACAAAAAUUUUACAAUAAAAAUUAUAAUUCUUUCACCUUAUUAUCUAUUUUUAUGUAAUUAAAGCAUCUUUCGUCGUAUCAUGGAGAAAUUAAAAUAGCAUAAACAAGCAAUAAUGCAAGUAGAAUACCUUGCAGCUCACCUCAUAAGUAUUUUUAAUAAUUUUUUUUCAUUUUCAAAGCUCAACUUUUUAUUUUUGUGGUAUGUAAUGAUGUGUCAUGUUUCUGUAUGUGUUGUUCUUUUUUAUUUUGUAUACAUUUAUGUAUCAUGUAUCUGCUCAUGCCUAGUAUCGUCUGUGUAUGCAUUAGUCUUUUCUACUUGAAUUAAUUUGUAAUUUGUUUUAUCUAGCUACCUACCAACUAUGUAUUUUUUUGUAAUAUUUUGUAAUACAUACAUAAUUAUGUUCUUAUGUAAAUACCUAUGUAUAUCUUUAAAUCCAAGUUCGAUACAAUCUAUUUACUUUUAAAAACCAAAUGUAUGUAUAAGCAUCUGUAAGAACAUUCUCAAGUAAAACUCAAUAAUUUGCGAAAGAAAUUUGUGUUUUUAAUUUGCCAAAUUAGCUUGUAACAUGCUGUGAAUAUAUGUACAUAUGUAUGUAU